AUGUCUCCUGAUCCAAAUACAAAAUACGACGAUCAGCAACUGAAAAGGCGCAAACUCGAACAACAAUCGUACCCUGAUGUAUCUAGAAAUAUUUCAAUCUACAGCAUCUCCAGUAAGCACCCUUUGAACGUAAGACCAGCAGGAAACUCAUAUUUGACUCUGGAAGAUGUUGCAUUGAAAGAAGCAAAACGGAACCUGUUGGGACAUCUCAAUAUGUUCCCAGAAGAGUUACUUAUGGAACUCUUGACAUACAUAGACGAUAAAGAGACCUUGCGGAACCUUUCUCAUACUUCCAGAAUCCUAUACGCAUAUCUUUAUGAUGAAGAGAUCUGGAAGAAGCUCUUUGUGAAAAGCAUAGAAGACUCGACUCAGAAUCUGCCUCAAAAGUGGAACGGUUCAUGGAGAUGUACCGUACUUGGAAUUGAUAAGAAGCAUCUGGCCAAUAUCAUACUACCAGAUAACCUUGUCUGCUCCGAUAUCUUAUACAGACCUUUCCAAUGUUCACAGAUCAACUAUGAAAAGUUAUUCCGUAAAAUCAUACAGGAAGAAGAAACCUACCAUCUCGAUGCCUUGUCAGAUAACCUCAAGCAAUUACCACCUGGCCGAAUUCAGAGAAUACCAGAAUCAGAAUUGUCUCUCGAGCAAUUCAAUACAGAAUAUCAUGAUGUGCCCUUCAUAUUAACCAAUAAAGACAAGACCAGGUGGCCACGCUGGGAUUUUCCAACUUUGUUAAGUCGGUUUCCGAAUGUAAAAUUCCGUCAAGAGGCCGUUCAGUGGGAUUUGGCACUUUAUUCUGAGUAUUUGAAGUCUAACCUUGAUGAAAACCCAUUGUACUUAUUCGAUUGUAGCAGUGAAGCUAUGACUACUUUACGUAAGGAGUAUGACUCUCCUCUGAUAUUCAAAGAAGACUUGUUUACUCUUUUUAACUUGAAUAAUGGACAACUGAACUGCCGUCCAGACCAUGCUUGGUUGAUAGUAGGACCAGAAAGAUCUGGUUCUACCUUCCACAAGGAUCCCAAUUAUACAUCUGCAUGGAAUGCAGCUUUGAAGGGCAGAAAGCUUUGGGUGAUGUUACCUCCUGGAAUCACUCCACCUGGUGUAGGCACUGAUGAAGAAGAAAGCGAAGUGACUUCACCUGUAGGAAUUGCUGAAUGGGUUAUCUCAGGUUUCUUUAACGAUUCGUUGAAGAUCAAGGAAUGCUUAGUGGGAAUCACAUUCCCAGGUGAAUGUAUGUACGUUCCAUCAGGUUGGUGGCAUUCGGUUAUAAACUUGGACGACUCGGUUGCGUUGACUCAGAACUUUGUACCGUUUUCCAAAUUGACCAAUGCCAUGAACUUCUUGAAAAAUAGAAGGGACCAAAUCAGUGGGUUCCGCCCCUAUCCAGUCAAAGAAUCAAUUGACUAUGCGGUAGAGACGCUUCUUAAAGGAAAGAAUAACGAGGAUAUAGAGAAGAUGAGGGAGUACAGUGAAAAAUUCAAUUCCUUGAACUUGGGAGAGAAGUUAAUUAAUGAAGACUGCGGUGAAAUCAGUGAACUACCACCCAUGCCUGUUUACGAGCUUUUCAAGCAGUUGUUGAUACUUAACGGAAAAGAAGAUGAGUUGGCUACAGCUUUGGAAGAGUUGAAGAAGCUAGAAUCGAGAAACAGAGCAAAAACUUCAGGUAGGAGUGAAGCAUGGGAGAAAUUGACUACUCCGGCACUUGAAGAGCAACAGGGAUUCAGUUUCGGGUUCAACCUCGAUGAAAGCAGCGAUGAGGAAUGA